GAGCGACAAUCGGUUUAUCGAAUAGUUUUCAUUAGUAAUGACAUCGUCGUCUCUUUUAUGUCGAGUUUUAUAAAAUUCAAUUAAUGUUGAAGACUUUUAACGAUGUUCCAACCAGUGACAACUUUAGAUUUACCGGCUCAAACAAUUGCAGAGCUACAAAGCAGAGGCUUUCAUUUUAUUGAAGAUGUCUUGAAUAGUGAAGAUGCAUUGCGCAAAAUAGGUCUGAAAAAAGCAGAACUUGAAAAGAGGUUGAAAAUUCCACAUAUUGCUGCUUUAGAUCUUUGGGAGUAUGAAAAAAAACGACAAAAAAUAGGUGUUUGUUGCUUAGACUUAGAAGCAAUGUUGGAUGAUGGGUUCAAUUGUGGAGUAAUAACUGAGAUAAGUGGGGCACCAUAUACAGGAAAAACACAAAUAUGUAUGCAACUUUGCAUUUCAGUGCAAUUGAACGAACUUUAUAGUGGCUUGAAUGGUAGAGCUAUUUACAUAGAUACCAGAAGUGGAGCUUCUAUUACAAGAUUCAAAGAAUUAAUCAAAGGAUACAAUAACUUUUUUGGUAAAAUCGUUUUGGAAGAAUCAGAAGUAUUGAAAAACAUACAACUUUUAUCUCCGUCUUCGUUGGACGAAUUUUUAGAAGCCAUAAGCUACUUGAAAGAAGCUGUAGAUAUAUCAUUUAAUGGUAAACAGGUCAAGGUCAUAAUCAUAGAUAGCUUGUCUAUGCCAAUUAUUUGUAGCAUUGAUGAUCCUUCAAUCAGGCCAAUUUAUUUUUCCAAAGUUUUACAUGACUUGAAUUAUAUUGCAAUCAAACAUGACAUAGCCGUAAGAUCAAUAUCAAAUCCACAAACUUUAUUUAAUGAAAAGACGUUUUAUGUCACACUUGUAAUAUUUCAACUUUUAAAGAUUGUUAUUACAAAUGAAAUUGUAACCCAUUCGGACAAAGACGGAAACUCGUCUUAUGCAUCAGCAGGUGGCCAUUAUGUUUCUGAAGUCGUUUUCAACAAAUUGGAAUCGACAAGAAUAAGCGAUGACAAGUUUGCGAUUCGUCUACUAAAGAGUCCGAUUAUGCCUGAAAUAUCCGUCACUUUUUUGGUAGGCAUCAAUAUAAUUUACAUUUAACAACAUC